AUGAAACGUACCUACGCAAAAUUACUCCACCGAGAGAAGAUUAUGCAGGGUUGCGGUGAUUCUCCAUGCGACUUGACAGCCAUCCCAAGGGAAAAAGUUACGAGAGACACGCACAAGCUCAAUCACAGUUACUACAACAAUGGCGAUGGCCAAUCGCAGCAACCGAUAGCACAGCAAAGUCGACACGCGCUUAGUCGACCGAAGCAAUCAUCCUCAGCACUGCCUGUUUCUGCAGCACCACAAUCGCCACCGCAAAUAGUAAAACUGCCAACACUGCCACUGCCACCGUCACGGGCGUCCUCCACAUCCACUGACGGCGAUUACACCGAAAACGCACAAUUCGCCCAAACCGGAAUGUAUCCGCCCAACUACGACCUGGUGCACAACUGUAUCCGCGGGCUGCCAUCGGAAAAGGUGAAUUGCGAUCCACCAAAAUAG